AUGCAGAGUUUGGAAGCUUCACGUGCCAACUCUGAAGCUACACAAAGACAACUAAUGGAGAUCUUAGCAGCGACCAGGCAUAAUUCAGGGGCGUCUUCUUCCAACGCUGCCCCGCCUACUGCUGAAUGGAGCUUGGAGAGUUUCCUCCAACACCAUCCGGCUAAGUUCAGUGGUAAGGGCCUUCCUGACGAGGCAGACCAGUGGCUAAGAGACAUAGAGAAGAUCUUCAACGCCAAAAGAUGUCCAGAUGAAAACAGGUUGGCGUACGCAGAGUAUUUAUUGACUGGAGAAGCGAGCCACUGGUGGGCGAGUGCGAGAGCUAUUCUGAUGGACGCUCAACAACCGAUCACUUGGGAAGUAUUUAGAGAUAAGUUUUAUGAAGAAUACUUCCCUGACAGCGUUCGUUUUGCUAAGGAGGUGGAGUUUCUCCAGUUAGUACAGGGAGGAAUGUCUGUUUCGGAGUAUACGAACAAGUUUAAGCACUUGGUUCGUUUCAAUACUAUGGCCACAAGUGAAGUGUGGCAAUGUAGAAAAUUUGAGAACGGAUUGAGGAGCGAUCUCAAAGUAUUAAUCUCCAGCCUAUGUAUCCGUACGUUCCCAGCCAUGGUUGAGAGGGCUAAGGUAUUAGAGAAAAAUAUGGCUGAGGCAGAACAACAGAAGAAACAACAGGCGUCAAGAGGACCAGUUCUGUCGAGACCCAAUGUGAAUCGGAACAGGACCCCAUACGCUCGUCCAGCUCAGUCGAGUGGUUCACAAGCUAUGGUAGUUGCUGGACAAGCAAAUCAACCGGGGCCGGUCAGAUGCUUCCAGUGUGGAGGGCCUCAUUUCAGAUCAUCAUGCCCUCAGUUGGUUGGAGGGAAAUAUUGCACUCGGUGUAAAAGAAACGGUCAUCUGGAAAAUGAGUGCAAUAUGAGCGGACGCGCAAUGAUGAGGCCGCCGAACGCUAGAAGGACUCAGCAAGCAAGAGGUGGUCGAGCCCAAGCUGUUGGGCGUGUGUAUGCAAUCACUGGAGCAGAAGCAGCGAGCUCAGGUACGCUCAUCACCAGUACCUGCUUAAUUCAUGGAAAGCAAUGUUGUGUGCUGUUUGACUCGGGGGCGACACACUCCUUCAUCUCGAAGGCGUGCGUUGAUAAGUUGGGAAUAGUUGAGAGUGACAUGCAGUUUGACUUGGUGGUGUCGACCCCAGCAGCUGGAGAGAUUAGGACAUCUACCGUGUGCGUUAGAUGUCCUAUUGAGAUAGAAGGGCAUUGUGGAGCUAAAGAGUUAAUUUUUCCUGAGGAAUAUGAAGAAGAGUUGGGUGUGACGCUCAGUCAAAUUAAGGAAGAUAUAAUGGAAGGCGCCAGCUGUUUCUUGAUCAUGACGCAUGAAGACAGAGAAGUUACGGAUAAGAGUUUUGAACGUUCGUCCAAGAAGUACACUGAAGGACGAACGGUUGUGGAUGAAUUUCCGGACGUCUUUCCGGAUGAGGUACCUGGAUUGCCUCCCGUUCGUGAAGUUGAGUUUACCAUUGAUUUGGUAACUACCGCGGCUCCUAUAUCCGUUCAACCAUAUAGAAUGGCACCUGCUGAAUUGAAGAAGGAUGGCAGCUCUCGGCUAUGCAUUGACUAUCGGCAAUUGAAUAAGCUGACCAUCAAGAACAAAUACCCCUUGCCUCGCAUUGACGAUCUACUGGAUCAAUUACAUGGAGCGAGCGUCUUCUCAAAGAUUGAUCUAAGAUCGGGAUACCACCAGAUCCGGGUUAAGGAAGGAGACAUUCAGAAGACGGCCUUCCGUUCACGAUAUGGACAUUACGAGUACGUGGUCAUGCCGUUCGGUGUGACGAACGCUCCAGCAGUCUUCAUGGACUACAUGAAUAGGAUCUUCAGGCCGUACUUGGACAAAUUUGUGGUGGUGUUCAUUGACGAUAUUCUCAUCUACUCCAAGAGCUGCGAAGAACAUGAAGAGCACUUAAGGUUGGUACUUGGAGUGUUGAGAGAAAGAGAGUUGUACGCUAAGUUAUCCAAAUGUGAAUUCUGGAUGAAGGAAGUGCAGUUUUUGGGGCACGUCGUGUCCGCUGGAGGGAUUUCAGUUGAUCCGGCCAAGGUGCGAACGGUAUUGGAAUGGGAAAGCCCUCGUUCGGUAACAGAAGUUAGAAGCUUUGUGGGACUCGCGGGCUACUAUAGGCGUUUCAUAGAAGGAUUUUCAAAGAUAGUGGCACCGUUGACACAGCUGACCAGGAAAGAUCACCCGUUCGCUUGGACCGAUCGGUGUGAAUCUAGCUUCCAGGAAUUGAAGCAGAAGUUGACGAGCGCCCCAGUUUUGGUGAUUCCGGACACGGCCAGACCUUUUGAAGUCUACUGUGAUGCAUCCCUACAAGGUUUGGGCUGUGUAUUGAUGCAAGAUAAACGAGCGGUGGCGUACGCUUCACGACAGCUAAAAAUACAUGAGAGGAAUUAUCCAACGCACGACCUAGAGCUGGCAGCGGUCGUUUUUGCUCUGAAGAUUUGGAGGCACUACUUGUAUGGAUCCGUUUUCCAAGUCUUUAGUGAUCAUAAGAGUCUCAAGUACCUCUUUGAUCAAAAGGAGUUGAAUAUGAGGCAGCGGAGGUGGCUUGAAUUCCUAAAAGAUUAUGAUUUCGAGUUGCUUUAUCACCCUGGUAAAGCGAACGUUGUGGCGGAUGCACUAAGCAGGAAGGUGGUGCAUGUGUCGUCCAUGAUGGUACGUGAGUUGAGGCUUGUGGAAAGCUUUAGAGACCUAAGGCUACAGUUCAACUUAGAACCGGACAGCAUCAAAUGCUGUAACCUUAAGAUAUCCAGUAACGUGUUUGAGAGGAUUAGAAUGAAGCAACUUGAAGAUGUCCAUGACCAACUUGGCCAAGCUCUACAUCAAAGAGAUCCGUACCAUCCUCAGACGGACGGUCAAUCCGAGAGAACAAUCCAGACGCUCGAGGAUUUAUUACGGACGUGCGUACUCGAUCACAUGGGCAUUUGGGAUGAAGUACUGCCGUUAAUAGAGUUCACCUACAACAACAGCUUCCAGUCCAGCAUUGGAAUGGCUCCUUUCGAAGCACUUUACGGACGCAAAUGCCGCACGCCACUUUGUUGGUUUCAAGAAGGAGAAAACAUAUUGACGGGACCGGAGCUCGUUCAACAAACAACUGACAAGGUGAAAUUAAUUCAAGAAAGAUUGAAGACAUCCAGAAGCAGGCAGAAGUCAUACGCGGAUAAGAGAAGACGACCACUAGAGUUCAAAGCUGGCGAUCAUGUUUUUCUAAGGAUGAAUCCAACGACUGGAGUAGGAAGAGCGUUGAGAUCAAAGAAGUUGUCUCCCAAGUUCGUGGGGCCUUAUCAGAUUUUGAGAAGGAUUGGACCUGUUGCAUACGAGCUAGCCCUGCCUCCACAAUUAUCCAACCUUCAUCCGGUAUUUCACGUCUCCCAACUCCGAAAGUACGUGUCUGAUCCCUCGCACAUAUUGGAACUGGAGGACGUUCGUCUUCGACAAGACCGAACGCUAGAGAUGAAGCCGGUUCGCGUGGAAGACGUUCGCACUAAGUUAUACAAAGGGAAGGACGUUCGACUGGUGAAAGUAGUGUGGGACGACAAGACUGGCGACUCUACGUGGGAAGUUGAGGAUGCCAUGAGAGAUUUAUACCCUCAUCUGUUUCUUGGUAAGUCCUCAAUUUUCGAGGACGAAAAUUUUUGUAGUUAG